AUGAUCUCGAAAAAAGCCCUUUUACUGGGAUAUAAGACGGUUACUAGAGGAAGUUUUGGUAAUUUCAGAUUCUCGAGAGCUUAUAGUCAAGGUAGCACCGGAGGAAGCGGAAGUAGUAAGAGAUGGUUUGGUUAUUGUUUAGCCGGAGCCGUUGGAUACGCUGUUGCUGAUACUGUGGAAUAUAACUCAAAAGUUAGAGAAUUGCUUGGUGUGAAAACUACUAGUGAACCAGAGAUUGGUUCAACUUUGCCAUUGAAUCAAUUAGGUCCUGCUGAAUAUUGCACGGAUGAAAAGAAGUUGGAGCAGGUGGUUUCAGAGCUGAAGAAAGUGUUUAAGGAUGAUAAGGAACAUUUCACCGAGACAAAGAGCGAUUUAGAUGAUCAUUCGGAUACUUAUUUCAACACUCAUCAUCCUUCUGCGGACCAAAGACCUAGAAUUGUGUUGUUUCCUUCUACUACGGAGGAAGUUUCUCGUUUAAUGAAGAUUUGCUAUGAUAAUAAUGUUCCUGUUGUUCCCUACUCCGGUGGUACCUCGUUAGAGGGUCACUAUAUCUCUACCAGAGGUCGCUCUACCGUCAUGAUCGAUGUGUCGAAAUUCAUGAACCAUAUCGUUAAGUUGAACAAGACGGAUUUGGAUGUUGAAGUACAGGCCGGUGUGCCAUGGGAAGAUUUGAACGAUUUCCUGGGUGAUCAUGGAUUGUUGUUCGGGUGUGAUCCAGGUCCAGGAGCCCAGAUCGGUGGUUGUGUCGCUAACUCGUGCUCUGGUACUAAUGCAUACCGUUAUGGUACCAUGAAGGAGAACGUCGUCAAUUUGACCAUUGUUUUACCCGAUGGUACUGUGGUCAAGACUAAAGGAAGACCAAGAAAAUCGAGUGCAGGUUACAAUUUGAACGGACUGUUCAUCGGUAGCGAAGGUACUUUGGGGCUAGUCACCGAGGCUACGGUGAAAUGUCAUGUUAAGCCAGUUUUAGAGACUGUUGUGGUCGCAGCUUUCCCAACUGUCGGUGAUGCUGCUGCUUGUUCUUCCAAUAUCACCCAGGAAGGUAUUCAACUCAAUGCGAUGGAAUUAUUGGAUGACGAAAUGAUGAAACUAAUCAACUCCUCGGGGGCUACUUUCAGAACCGACUGGAAAGAGCAUCCAACGAUGUUCUUCAAGAUUGGCGCUAGAAAUGAUAAUAUCGCCCAGCAAGUCAUCAAGGAAUUGCAACGUAUUGCUGAGAAACACAAGGCAUCCUCUUUCGAGUUUGCUACUGAAGACGACGAAAAAUUGGAACUUUGGGAAGCUAGAAAAGUUGCAUUGUGGUCUGUCAUCGAUGCCAGUAAAACUAAAAACAAAAACGCCAACGUCUGGACUACAGAUGUUGCAGUUCCAUUGUCAAAUUUCGCCCAAGUGAUCGAAGAGACCAAGGAGGAAAUGAAUAAAUCUCCUUUGAUCAACGCAAUUGUCGGCCACGCUGGUGAUGGUAACUUCCAUGCCUUCAUAGUUUACAACAACGAUCAAGAGAAAAAGAUCUGUGAAGAAAUUGUCGACAACAUGGUCAGAAGAGCCAUCGACGCAGAAGGUACCUGUACCGGUGAACACGGUGUUGGUAUCGGUAAGAGAAAAUUCCUUCUAGAAGAGCUUGGCGAUGCGCCGGUCGAUUUAAUGCGCAAGAUAAAACUUGCCAUUGAUCCAAAAAGAAUCUUGAACCCUGACAAAAUCUUCAAGAUCGACCCUAACGAGCCCGAAGUGCACUAA